AUGAGCUGGCUCCGAACAAAGAGGAACCCAGCACUUUUACCUGGGCAGUGGAUAACUUUGAGGAAAAGUGCCCUCCAAAGGGGAAAACAGGCAGCGUUCCGCCCGGAGCGGAAGCCCCCCACAACCCUCGACUCUGCCUGCCGACCGCACCCUGGACCGACCUCAUCCCCGCUCCCCCGCCCGGCUUCCUCCACCCAGCGGAGGCGGCGGGCCGCGCCGCCCGGGGUCCACCGCCCACCGCACGCCUGGAGCUCUUGCGCACGCCGGCUGCAGCCGGUAAUCGGCCACGUGCGCCCGGGUUCCCCGGCUCGGCCCGGGGCGCCUCCACGGUCGAGGUGGCAGCGGUGGGGGUCUCGAUCCCUGGCCUCCGCGCCCAGCCGAGAAGUCCGGACGGCGGCGGCGGCGGGAGCGAGCGGCCCGGCCCCUCCCCAGAGCGGGCAGCGUGACCGUGGGCUGCGGGCGCCGCCUCCGCCGCGUCCGUGGCUGCGCGUCCCGCUCGGUUCAGCCCCGCUCGGAUCCGGAACCUGCGCGUCCGGCGCGGCCGCCCCCUCCUCCUCGGCGUCGCCCGGCGGGCAGCUCCUCCCCGCGGCGAGACGCGCGUUCGAGCCUCCUUUCCCGGCUUACGGAUUCCCGAGGCAGGAGAAUUUUGCCUCGGUCCCUACGAGCAUCUCUCGGCCUCUUCCCCCCCUCCCCGUGGGCGCGCGCGCGCACUCGCACACACACACUCACACUCGCCGGCGCGCGUGCGCACGGCCGCGCGCCCGGAGCCGCGGAAUCUCCGGCGCCGCUACUCACACGGGCUUCCAGCCGCCACUGGGCGUCCUCUGUCUGCGGCAGCGGCGGUCGAGGCGGCGGCGGGGAAGGCGGCUGCAGCCCGGCCCGGUCUCAGAGCUCGGCGCCCAGGACAGAGUCCAGGGAGAAGCGGAGAAGGAGGGCGCGGAGGCGAGGAGGAGCCGCGCCGCGCCCGCUCCUGGUGCCGCGGCCCCAGCUGUAGCUGCAGCAUCUGAUGUGGUACCUAACACAAAGGAGAUGCCCAGUGAUUCCCUGUUGAAUGAAUGGCUGGAUGGACGGAUGCCCUUAAACGCAGUGCAGCUUGAUGAGGCUGAACCUCGGCUGGAUUCAGAUGCCAUCAAAGAAGUCAUCCACAGCCAGUAUGAUGCCAUCUUUAUAAUCCCUGGAGGAGAACGUGCUCACCAUGUGCAGAAGCAUCUGGCAUGUCGAAGCUCCAUUAUCUUCCAUGGGACUGCCUUUGUGAACAGCUUCCAUUUAAAAGAGUUUGGUGAAUAAGUGGUUUCAGUCAAGUCCCCAGUGAACACAUUUGUCUUCUUGUCUCCUGGAGCUCUUAAGGAAGCUACUAGAGAAUGAGCUCCACAAAAAUGAGGCUGUAAAC